CCCUUGGCACGCCAUUGACUAUAUUAAUCACGCUCGCUCACUCACGCUCUGCUUCAUUCAACACUCUCAAGUCACCACCAUCUUCUUGCCUCUCACAGUCUCCUUGCUUCAGUUUGCUCGGGAGUGAUCAAGAAUAAAUCAGCUUGCGGUGUCGGCAGACAGCAGCAGCAAUGGCUGGUGGGCAAGUAGCAGCGCACAGGGCGUUCCUGCUCUGCAACUACUUGCUUCUGGGCGCGGCGUCGGGCUGCAUCUUCCUCACACUCUCGCUCCGCCUCGUCCCAUCCCCGUGCGGCCUGCUCCUCGUCUUCCUCCACGCGCUCACCGCGGUCUUUGCCGCGGCUGGCUGCUCGGGCUCCUUCACUACCCCCGCAGCUGGCGCCGGAGCCCAGCAUACUGCGCACACCGCCGGUGCCGUCCUCACUGCCAUCUUCCAGGGCGCUGCAGCCGUGCUCGCAUUCACCCGCACGGCUGACUUCCUCACCGAGCUGCAGUCGUAUGUCCGGGAAGAGGACGGCACGGUCAUCCUCAGGCUCGUUGGCGGUCUUGGCACCGCCAUCUUCGUGCUCGAGUGGGCCUCGCUCGCGCUCGCCUUCGCUCUUCGGCUCAGCGAAGACGGCGGCGAGGAGGCAACCGACAGCGGCGAGUACGCCAAGAGCUGGCCCUCUGGCUACCACGUCUGAUUCUGGUUCAGCUGUGGCCAUUGGUGUGAGCCUCUCGAAAUGGAUGAACGGAGAUGCAAAAUGGGGAUAUUUCUUUUUUCUUGUAAUUAGUACAAUUUAAUUAUUGUACUAGUACGAAAUAUGCAAAGGCAAACAUACUGUUUUGCUUACUGCAUACGUUAUAUUUACUGGAUCUGGUAUAAUCGUGGAGGGAAUUUCUUUGUUCACUGUAUUAAGAAAGAUCCUCGCAGGGCGCACGGCGCAACUGUAUCGAAGAUUCCACUAAAUGUCAAAAUCUUCAUGUGGUAUCUUCGUAGGGGGUUGUGUUAACCAAAGACAACAUCGCACGGCGCAACUGGCAAGGGAGUAAGAAGUGUUGUUUUUGUCCUCAUGACGAGACAAUCAAACACCUCUUUUUUCAAUGCAAAUUUGCACGUUCUACGUGGUCAGUCAUUCAAAUAGCGUCAAAUUUGUAUCCGCCCACAAGUGUUGCCAAUAUUUUUGUUCAUUGGUUGGACGUUAUUGCAAAUAGGUUCAAAACGCUAAUAAGGGUGGGAGCGUAUGCCUUAAUGUGGUCGCUAUGGCUAUGUAGAAAUGAUUUGUUUUUUAAUGACAAAAAUGCUUCUCCUCUACAGGUUAUUUUUCGGUGUACGCACUCGCUUCGUAUGUGGUCUACACUACAGCGAGCGGAGUACCAACCGCUGUUCAAGGCGGUGUGUACGCGAUUGGAGCAGGUGGCUACGGAGGUUUUUCCCAACAUGGGUGGCAGCAUAUAUAGUGUCGGUCAAUAGGACUCUACUGUUGCCGUUUUGUCGAUUUUGUUUCUUUUCUUUCUGUCAAACUUUUUAGAAUUGGCUGUGUGCAUCUUAAUUAUGCAGAGGCCAGGUGUCACUCAUAAUGCUUUGUAUACGUUUGAUGCUACAUUUUUUAAUAAUAAAACGCCCUUUAUCGAAAAAAUUAAGGAAGAUCCUGUGUUGUGAUCAAUUAUUCUACUAGUGAUUCCUCUCAAAUCUUAACUGUUACAGUAACAUUUGUGCUCAUUGGAUUAAAACAUAUGCAAAAGGCAAAGAUGCUAACUGCUUUGCUUUAUACAUUCGGUAUAGUCAGCCUGCAAAUGGGAUAAACUUUUUUAUUCACUUUUUUUGCAAAUAAA